CACAGGGGAGGGGCCACGCGAGCCUCCUCAAGCCCCGGAGCGUGAAGCCAUGUUAAAAGGGAGAGGCGUGCGUGGCACCGCCCGCUCCUCCCAGGACACCCCUGGGAGCCCGGGGCGCUGAGCCGGUCACCGGAACCGACGCGGCUCGGGCGAUCGUGGGGGCGGCGGCGAGGAUCGAUAUCGCGGGUCUCGGCAGCCGGCGGCCGCCAUGGCGCUGAGCGGGGUGCGGGUGCUGGAGCUGGCUGGCCUGGCGCCGGCGCCGCUCUGCGGCAUGAUCCUCGCCGACUUCGGGGCCCGGGUGGUGCGGGUGGACCGGACGCCCCGCUCUGCCGUGGCCACCGACGUGCAGGGCCGCGGCAAGCGCUCCUUGGCGCUCGACCUGAAGCGGCCGCCGGGCGCGGCGGUGCUGAGGCGGCUGUGCUGCCAGGCGGACGUCCUCAUCGAGCCUUUCCGGCACGGUGUCAUGGAAAAACUUGGUCUCGGUCCAGAGGUCCUUCUGCAGGAGAAUCCCAGACUCAUCUAUGCUAGACUUACAGGAUUUGGCCAGUCAGGACAAUAUGCUAAGUCUGCUGGUCAUGAUAUCAAUUAUUUGGCUUUAUCAGGUGUGCUGUCAAAGCUGGGUAGAAAAGAUGAAAAUCCUUAUGCACCUGUAAAUCUUCUGGCUGAUUUUGCUGGUGGAGGUGUCCUGUGUGCAAUGGGCAUUGUUACAGCCCUUUAUGAACGUACCAAAUCUGGCAAAGGGCAGAUCAUUGAUGCAAGUAUGGUAGAAGGAGUAGCAUACCUAAGUUCUUUCCUGUGGAAGUCACAGAAUUUGGGACUUUGGAACAGACCUCGAGGUGAGAACCUGCUAGAUAGCGGUGCACCUUUUUAUGAAACCUACAAGACCUCUGAUGGAAAAUUCAUGGCUGUUGGUGCCAUUGAGCCUCAAUUCUAUGAGCAGUUAAUAAAGGGUCUCGGGCUAGAUUCAGAUAAACUUCCCAGUCAGUUGAGUUUCUCUGACUGGCCCAAAAUGAAGGAAAAAUUUGCAUCCAUAUUUGCACAGAAGACACAAGCUGAGUGGUGCAGCAUAUUUGAUGGUACUGAUGCCUGUGUGACCCCUGUUUUGUCUUUUGAUGAAGUUGCCUCACAUCAGCAUAACAAACAAAGAAGUUCUUUUAUCAAAAAUGAUCAGGAAGAGAUAAGUCCUAGACCUGCUCCUCUUCUAUCAAGGACUCCUGCUGUUCCAUCAUUUAAAAGAGAUCCUUUUAUAGGAGAACACACAGAAGAGAUACUUCUAGAAUAUGGAUUUACUAAGCAAGAGAUAGCCAAACUUUAUUCUGAUAAAGUAAUAGAAUUCAGUGAACCAAAAGCUAAUUUAUAAUCUCUAACUAUGCAGAUCAGACAAAUUUCAGCAAGUUUUUAUGCAUUAAAAUUGAAUUAUAUGACAAAUAAAUGUUUGCAUGAUAUUGCUUUUAAAUGAUUUUUAAAAAAUUAGUGAAGUUUUAAAUUUAAUUGAAAACAGUGGGACUUACGUACUUGUGUACCUGGAUUUUCUGCAGUCUAGAAUGAUACCAAAAUUGUGUUCUGAAGAUCUACACAGUUUGCUUGCUAAGCAGCUGUAAAUCCUCAAAAUUUUUCUUUAAAUAUGGUAUCCUGUGAAAUGUUUGUUUCUUUUAAUUCUUAGUUACACUGUUGCUUUGUAGUAUGCAUUGUAAUUACAUGAAGGCAAUACUUUUCAUAAGAUAUAGUUAUAUUCUUCCUAAACAAGUGAUUGUGUUGCUUACUCAUAUAUUAGAAAGGAUUUUUUUUCUCUCUUAUCAUCUUAAUUCAUUUGCUUUAUCAUGCCAAAACAAUGAUUGAAAUAAUGCUGUUUUCUUAUGUGCUGCUGUAGAGUUAUUAUCAUAAAGUAAUUCUAUUUAAUA